AUGAACACCGUCUAUGCGAUUAAUUUCUGUACAAAACUUUUGGCAACAUACUUGCAGAUCGUUGUUGCAUGCGCCUUUGCCAACAUGGCGGCGUCAAAAUCACCAUCGAGGAAAGAGAAAAGAGGAGUCGCUGUGUUUGGACCAUCCGGCUAUGAUUUCUUUGGUGUGGGGCCUCUUCUAUCUAAUGGUCCAUGGGCUCCUACUGGGUUUGGAUCUACUGGUUGGAACCCUUCAGGCGUACCCGACAUUCCUUUGACGCAGGUGCAGGUUCAGGCCACGCACGAUGUCGCAUUUCAGACCUUGAAGGAUGCAGCCCCUGGAACUCCCAGCAUUGCGUAUCCUCCAGAUGUUCUUAGAACUAUUCAACAUGCUAAGGAAGCGAACCACAACGUGAACAUGGCUUUAGAGAAGGUGGCAGAGGCCAAACAGACUGCUGUUAUCCAACAGAAGGUUGCUUUGGCCAAGGAAGCAGCCGCAAGGGAGGCUGCCGCAAGGUCCCAAGAGAUCUCGUCGACAGCCGAAGCAGAGGCCAGAGCCAGCGCCAAGCAGUUAGUAGCUCUUCAACAGAGACUAGCGUCCCUGAAGGAUGCAGUUGCAGCUGCUCAACGAGUAGCUGCCGCCAGGGAGGCGGCCGCAGCUGCUGCGAUUCAGAGAAACGCUGCCGAAACUGCUGCUCAGUUGCAGAAACAGGACGUGGACAAGCAGAUCAGUCAGAGUGAACAGGAAGCGAAGGAAAAGGACAUCAUAGCAGCGAAGGAGAACGCCGUGGCGAAUGCAGUCCAGCUUGCAGCGCUGCAGAAACCGGUGCAUCCUCCCUGGGGCCGAUAA